CCGCAGAGUGGUGACGUGUGCGGUGGGCGGGGCCGGUGGGUGUGACGUCGCUGUCAGCUGUUGAGGCCGUUGUUCUGAUGAUUGAGCCGGCAGAUCGUUCAGUCACCGCCGCCGCAUCUACCUCAGUGACCGCCGCGUCUGUCCAGCGCCCUGGAGUGACCGAGCGCACGGAUUUUUGUAUCUAAGCCAUACAGAAGCCUCAUGUUUACAAAUCCUCCAGUGGGAACCUGCUGACCCCGCACGCCGCCUCCGCCUCUUGUUUACACCCUCCGACCUCCAUAACCUCCAGCGCCUCCACCGCUCCCUUCACCAUGUUCCAGCGCUUCACCCGACUGUUCUUCAGCGAGGGACCGGCCGCCGAUCCCAUAGAACCAAAAACGUUUGUAUCGGAGGAGGAAGACGAUGGCUGGCUGAUCAUUGACAUCCCAGAUAGCUUUACCUUAACCUCCAGCGGGGAGGAUGUGACGGACAGCCCCGCCUCCAGCCCGCUGCCGCACUCCCUGGGCGAGCGCAUCGGUUGGUCCAUCCCCCCCCACCCUCCCCAGUCGAUGGACGAGAGCUGGUUUGUUACCCCUCCCCCCUGUUUCACUGCAGAGGGUCCCGGCCACAAUGCGGUGGGGAGCAGUCCGCUGGAAGACCUCCUGAUCGAGCACCCCAGCAUGUCUGUCUACAUCACCAGCGACAGCAUCGUGGUGGAGCGAGACGCCGAGGAGACCGCCAGGGACAGAUCUCCGUCCAGAACCAGAGUGGAGCGUCGCACCCCCCACCAUGCCACCUCCGUUACUGCCAAAGCCGCCAUCUUAGGAAAAGUAGGUCAAGUCUCAAGGAUCCAACGCGCCAAAGCUAUGGUGGACAAACGCAAGCUGGGACGUAAAAAUCUACAAAGGCAGAAUCUGGCGCGGGAAUUCCAGGGUCGCAAUAUGGUGCGGCACCGCAAUUAUCUGUGCCAACCCAAACAGCGCCAGUGCAACCACUGAACUCACCUGUAGCUUGUUUACAUGAACACGGGCAUUAUCUCUACCCAGAAUCCUCCUGUCCUGCCUCGUGGGUUGGCAAUACCGUCUCUUCUUUUCCCCUCCCCCACCCUAAGCACAAGACCACCCGUCCUCUCUGUACAUACCCAAUGCCAGGGCUACAUAGACUCUAUUAUUAGGGGAGAAGGUACCUCCCCCCGAGGCAAUAUAUUUAUUUCUGUAUCCUCACAUGUAUUAUGGCCGCCCCUGUGCCCGUCCCUAUAUAUGUGUCCUGGUUUAUCCCUGUUUUCUAUAUAAGCCCUAAACUAUAACGGUCGAAGGUUUGAAGUGUCGCAAUGAGUGAGCGGCCGUAUGAUCCAGCAACAAGAUCAUCCAUUAGAAUUACCAAACGAGAAAUCAAGUCCCCCCCCCCCCCCCCUUCUUUCCCCACAUGGUAGAGUCCGACCCCUAUACACUGAGUACAUAGUAUGGCUGGUAAUAAGAGAACGCGCAGAGCUUCACUAACCGCAGGGACCUGCAAUGCUUGGCACCAGCAGAAGGGGGCGCAGGUUGACGAUAGUGAGUGGACGUAGAUAAACGGGAGGCGCGAAGGGAAUUUGGGGCAGGAAAGGUAAAAAGGACGAGUCUGUGUAACGGGAAUAAGGAAGAGAUGAGGGCGGAGCCUGCGGCUGCUGUGUGAAACGGUUAAUCUCAUAACAUUUUAAUCUAUUUAUUGAUACAUUUUUACAGUUUUAAAUGGUUUUAAUAAGUUAUCUGCCCUCCCCCUCCGUGAAACAGCGCCACUACUGCCCCAUAGGCUGCGCCGGGUAUUGCAGCUCAGCUUUAUCACUGGAAUGGAGCUGAUCUGAUAAGACACCGGCUGUGGACCAGCGUUUUACAACCAGUGGCCUUCAACAACUCCCAGCAUGCCCAGACAGCAAAAUGCUGCUGAGUUAAGAAGGAAUCCUUGAUUUACCUUUCAGGGACAGUGUGGAUCCUCUGUAUGAGGCAGACAAGCCAUUGGCUGUAUGAGCAUUCUGGGAGUUGUAGUUUUGCAACAGCUGAAGGCUCACUGGAAACACUCUCCUAGAGACAGCUCCCAGCAUGCACAGACAGUCCAAGGCUGCCGAGAUAAGAAGGAAGCCUUGAUUUACCUGUCAAGGACAAUGUGGAUCCUCUGGAGGAGGCAGAUAGACCUAAGGCUGUCUGGGUAUUUGUAGUUUUCCAAUAGCUGAAGGCACCCUGGGUGGGGGGAGACACUGUGGUCGACAAAGGGGGCGCUGUUUCUAGAGGAUAAGAGGAUUAAUCCUGGACUCACAGCAGCCGCACGUCUCGCGGGGUCCGCACUGUCCGAGGAAUCAGGAUGCGGCCACAUAUCCCAUGGCGGGCCCAUCCCCCUCCGACGUGCGGCCUGAUGGGGGGAGCAGAGGGUCGAGCAUUGCAUGUCCCUCCUGUACUCAGGACAGGAGACUUGAUUUCUAACCAAUCAGAUGUUAGCUGCCAUUCUGGAAGGGGAGGGGCUAAGAAUGGUGGGCGGGAUCAGAUCGCUGGUCAUGGACGAUCCCAGCGCCAUUUAUUAUCCACCAGGAUCGGCAGACGACUCCUCGGAUUCAUCUAUAUCCAUCACUGUUCACUUCGCCUUCUAACAACCGUAAACCUUGCGGCGCCGAGCGCAGAGACGGUAUAACGGACAGCGUUACGUUUUUUUCUUCUAUUUAACCCCGUCCUCCCCACAGGCCUGUAUAUAAUCGCUCACAAGGUGCUGACUACUUGGCGUGUACAUAUUUCCGAAAACUAUGACGCAUGUGUGAGUAUUUGGCGACAUUGUUUGUUUGUUCCACAAUAUGCGCGGGUCAUGUGAUGGUCCGCCGCCCUCGCGGCCACCAUAGACGUUCUGCUUAGUUUUAGAUGAUUGAUGUGUCGUGUGCGUACUUCAGUGUGGACUCAGGGACCUAUCAGCUAGUGAGGAAGCGUGACGUGAAGCCAACCAUCCCCGCCGCACCGCGCCGGCAGCCAUUUUGUGUCCAUUGAUCUUACCUUGUUGGAGUCUGUACGUGGCGGUUUUCAGUGGCAGACGUUUUGCUAACCCCCUCUGGCACUGAACGGGCGGCCAUUUUCUCAAGGGAGACGAUACGUUUUUUGUUUUAUUCAUCCGUCUGUUUUUUUUUGUGUUACCGGCGCCGUCAUAUCCGCGUUCUGUGCGAUCAAUGAUCCUAAAUACCACGACGUGUAUCCGUGGAGCUCCUGCUCAAGUCCGGAUUCAGACGACCGUAAUGGGGACGCGAUUCUCUGCCCAACUGCAGCGCUGAUAAUCCCAACCGCGAGCGCCACGGAGAUUUAGCAUCAGCGACGCUUCCAGUUCGGGUUGUUAUGGCUGCUGGGCCUGGAUCUGAAUCUAUAAUACAAGCGCAAAAACGUGGUAUUCUGGGCCGGGCGCCACCUCUGAGACAGGGGUGUGACAUCAUGACCACGCCCCCUAGUGAC